ACCAUACUCUUCAGAAUCUGUCACCAAAUUCCCAACCAUUUAAGCAUCAGAAACGCCACCUAUGGCGCUUUCCACCAUGACUCACACUCACCUUCCGGCCACCCGCCAGCCCAGAUUAAGCCAGUUAAACGCAGCUCCGGCCAUACAAGAGGUGGUUCAUGAUCACCCACAAGCCAAAACCGCCAGUAGAGCUACUCGUUGGGCUGAAUCACUAUCCCAUCUCCUUCACCUGCACGUUGAACCGCCUUCUUCUUCACACGCCGGUGUCCACAACUUCACUUGGCACUUGCCGAGAGACCAUGAACAAAAGCUUUCAACUCCAGCCAUGUCUCCCAAGGAAGACAUAUCCCAAAAAUGGAGGGAAAUCCAAGGCUUCUCUGAUUGGGAGGACCUCUUAGACCCACUUCAUCCAUGGCUACGUAGGGAAAUAAUCAAGUAUGGUGAGUUCGCACAAGCAACUUACGACGCCUUUGACCAUGAUGCCUUCUCUGAGUACUGCGGAAGCUGCCGAUACAAUAAGAACAAGUUGUUUGCCAAGAUGGGCCUUACAAGACAUCGGUAUAAAGCAACAAAAUACAUAUAUGCCAUGUCACACAUUGAACUGCCACAUUGGAUUGAAAGGUCGCAUGUGGCAGACACAUGGAGUCGGGACUCAAAUUGGAUGGGCUACGUGGCAGUUAGUGAUGAUGAGGAGACACGAAGGAUCGGGAGGAGGGACAUUUUGGUGGCAUGGCGUGGCACUGUAGUACCGUGCGAGUGGUUUGAGGACUUUCAAAGCAAGUUGGACCCAAUAGGACAAGGGGAAGCCAAGGUGGAACAUGGGUUUUUAAGCAUUUAUACUUCCAAAAGUGAUUCCACGAGGUACAACAAGUCAAGUGCCUCAGAACAAGUUAUGAGGGAAGUGAUAAUGUUAGUGAACUCCUACGAGGAAAAAGGUGAAGAAGUGAGUCUCACAAUCACGGGGCAUAGCUUGGGAGGAGCAUUGGCUUUACUCAAUGCACAUGAAGCAGGAUCCACCAUUCCUGAUCUUCCUAUAACUGUAAUUUCCUUUGGAGCACCAAGGGUUGGGAAUCUUGCAUUCAAAGAUGAACUGGAUAAUUUAGGGGUGAAAACCCUAAGAAUUGUUACGAAACAAGACUUGGUGCCAAGAAUGCCAGGGCUAGUUUUCAAUGAGGCACUUCAGAUUUUUGACGAAAUUACAGGAACAUUGGAAUGGAUUUAUACUCACGUUGGGACUGAAUUGAAGCUUGAUGCUCGUUCAUCUCCUUAUUUAAAGAAAGGGAUGAACUUCUCAGGGUUUCAUGGCUUAGAGACAUACCUCCAUCUCGUGGAUGGGUACUUGAGCUCCAAAGUGCCAUUUAGGCUUGAAGCUAGAAGGGAUGUGGCUUUGGUAAACAAGGCAUGUGAUAUGAUAGUUGAUGAGCUCCGUAUCCCACAUUGUUGGUACCAAUUGGCCAAUAAAGGGUUGGUUUGUAAUGAUCAUGGAAGAUGGGUUAAACCAAAGAGAGAACCAGAUGAUGUGCCUUCACCAACUAUAGAAGCGCAUAACCAUGGUAACCAUGAUCUUGCAGUUGAGAUGCAGACAUAUAAUGUAAAUAUAACUGGGCCUCUUCGUAGUGCAUAAAAUUAUAAAGUUAAUUUCCUCUAAUAAUUAGCUGAACAGUUUUGUAAUUUGUUUUUCUUCGAAUUUGUGUUGUGGCUACUGGCUAGAGGCUAAACAGUACACUGAUCAUUACAGCUAUGCUGA